AUGAGCCUUGAUCCACUUACCCAAUGGGAUCGGCCAGUGCUUCAGCAACCUGGAUAUGAAAGUUACCAGGGAAUGUUGUCCAGAUCAACCAAAGUGGGUUGUACAAUACCGAACGUACAAUCGUCGUCAGUGGAACAAAUGCAGCAACAAUGUUCUGGGUUGAGUUCUUCGGUGCUUUUGCCAUCUUUGGGGAAUCAGCAUUUGCAGUUGCCAACGUCGUCGUUGCCUUUAGCACAGCCGGGGCAUCAGCAAUUUCAAGUACCAACGUCUUCGAUAUUUCUGCCUCCGCCGGAGCAUCAGCAGUAUCGAAUAUCGAAUUCGAUGGUGUCAGAGCCACCGUUGGGACCUGCACGUUCUUUUGCACCAGGAAACCAGAAUCUUCGGUCAGUACGAAUGCAGCCGAAUGCUCAUGAUUUUUCCCGUCCACGUCCUGCAGGACCUACCGCCGAACAACUGGCCGCUCGUCAAGUCAUCCCAAGAGAGUUACCCGUGUUCUCUGGGAAUCCCCAGGAUUGGCCACUUUUCUUUAGUUCCUUUCGUAAUUCCACUGAAGCCUGCGGAUACAAUGACGCCGAAAACCUGGCACGACUACAACGAUGCCUUCGAGGACACGCUUUGGACAGAGUUCGCAGUCGAUUGCUGAUUCCUGAGUCAGUUCCUCACGUUAUGGCCACGCUUCAACGACUCUAUGGAAGACCAGAAAUUAUAAUUAUGUCACUCCUGAAAAGAAUGCGCGAAAUUUCCUCCCCCAGAGGAGAUGAUCUCAAAACGUUGAUCAAGUUCGGCAUGGGAGUGGAGAAUCUAGUUGAUCAUAUGAUUUUGGCGGACCAACAACAGCACAUUAGUAAUCCUAUGCUAUUGCAAGAGUUGGUAGAUAGGCUUCCGUCGAAUCUGAAGUUGCAGUGGGCAUCAUACAAACGAAACUACUAUGUUGUUAAUUUAGCGACUUUCAACGAUUUUAUGAAGGAACUUGUCAUGAUGGCAAGUGAAGUAACACUUCAAGUAGAUCCGGGGAUGCAGAUUCCGGGAAAAUACGAGAAAUGUAAGCGGGAGAACACCGCAAAGGAGAAGCUUUUCGUGCACCAACAAGCACCAAUGGUGCCUAGACCGUCCGGGAGCAACACUGCUCUGAGAGAAGUAGCUAGUCCUGAGAGCAAGCCCUGUUUACACUGUGACAAAUCAGACCAUCGUAUCGCGGAAAGUCCAGAGUUUAAGAAGCUGAGUUUGGAUGAUCGAUGGAAGGCAAUGCGACAAAAGGGAUUAUGUCGACUGUGUUUGAUACCUCACCGAUCCUGGCCGUGUCGCUCCAAGCGAGAGUGCGGAAUAGGAGACUGUCGCAUGCGUCAUCACCCUUUGCUGCACACGAAGAAAUCAGAAACGAUUACGCCUUCACCAUCAACACCAACAAAUAGAAAUAUUGCACAUCAACAUCACCACUCCUUCACAUCAUCUGCGUUGUCGCGGUAUCUUCCUGUCACACUGUACGGAAACGGGAAGAGCGUGAACGUAUACGCGUUCCUCGACGAUGGGUCCUCGUCAACCAUGUUGGAAGUGGAAGUGGCGAAUCUGCUAGGAGUAAAAGGGCCCAGUGAGCCCAUGUGUUUGUGCUGGACGGGAGAUGUUAAGAGAAUCGAGAAGGGAUCGCAACGUGUAGAGAUAACCAUUUCAGGACUGAGCGAGAAAACAAGUUUUCCAUUGAGAGCGAGGACCGUCGAGCAGCUCAAACUGCCCAGUCAAACCGUAGCUUACGACGAGCUUUGCGAGGGAUAUCCACAUCUCAGAAAAUUACCAAUGCGGGGAUACACAGAUAUCACUCCUCAGCUGAUUAUCGGGGUAGACAACGCUAAGUUGCUCAGUGCGCUCAAGAGUCCAGAAAGUGGUACUGGAGAGUUAGUCGCUGUCAAAACUCGGCUGGGAUGGUGCAUUUACGGACGAUGUACUACCGCUAAGAGUCCUGUGGAGUACGUAAAUGCUCACGUGGAGCAAUGUGCAGAAGAGGCUGAAAUCAACAGCUUAUUUAGGCAGUUUCUAGCGGUGGAUGAAUCGAGUAUUCAACACAGUCCUGAAUCGGAAGAAGACAAGCGUGCCAUGGAGAUUCUCCAGAACACCACUCGCAGGGUGGACAGCAGAUUGGAAACAGGACUGAUAUGGCGCUAUAACGAACCGUGCUUUCCGAAUAGCUACCCAAUGGCAGUGCGCAGAAUGGAAGCGCUCGAAAGAAAGUUGGCUAAAGACCCAGAGCUUGACGAGAAAGUAAGAUUGCAGAUUGCAGAGUAUCUUGAAAAGGGGUAUGCUUAUCGGAUAACUCCAGCAGAAAUGGAGUCUACCGACCCUAGACGUGUCUGGUAUCUACCACUUGGGGUAGUAAGAAAUCCGAAAAAACCAGGCAAGAUUCGCCUGAUUUGGGAUGCGGCAGCCCGAGUGAACGGCACAUCCUUUAACGAUAUGGUCCUUAAAGGACCCGAUAUGAUGACCGCUUUAACCACCGUACUUCUGCGUUUCCGGCAGAAGCGUGUCGCAUUUAGUGCCGAUAUAAAGGAGAUGUUCCACCAAUUCCUGAUUCGGUCAAGGGACAGACAAGCGCAACGGUUCGUAUUCCGCGAACAUCCAGGACAGCCACCACAGAUCUACGUAAUGAGAGUCGCCACGUUCGGCGCAGCGUGCUCACCAUGCAUAGCUCAGUACCUGAAAAACAAAAAUUCGAAGGAGUACGCGAACAAAUUCCCAGACGCAGCCCGAGCAAUAAUCGAAAAUCACUACGCUGAUGAUUAUCUCGAUAGUGUAGAUUCCGUAGAAGAGGCGGUAAACCUGAUCAACGAGGUGAAGUACGUGCACUCCAUGGCUGGAAUGGAGAUUCGGAACUUCUCGCCAAAUUUCACCGAAGUGCUUACGCGAAUAGGGGAAACCAGUAAAGUUCAGCAGAAGUCCCUUACUCCGACCAUUAGUGUGGAGAGAAUACUUGGAAUGGUUUGGAGGUCAUCAGAAGACGUUUUUAGUUUCGAGCUCAGUGUGAAGGAGGAGAUUCGAAACAUCGUAGAGAGUCAGAAUGCACCCACAAAACGUCAAGUUUUACGGACGAUCAUGUCUCUAUAUGAUCCAUUAGGACUCGUGGCGCACUUUUCAGUUCACGGGAAGAUUCUCAUGCAACGAAUAUGGAGAACUAGUACAGGUUGGGACGAGACGAUCAGUGGGGAUCUAGUAGAAGAGUGGCGCCGGUGGAUCAACACGUUGAUGAAGAUAGGGGAAGUCAGUGUCCCUAGAUGUUUCUUUUCUGGCAUCGUUACCCCGAAGAACCUGCAGAUCCACUUUUUUGUCGACGCAAGCGAAAACGCAUACGCCUGCGUCGUAUAUAUUCGAAGUCUGUACAACGGAACACCUCGAUGCUCGCUGAUAGCCGCGAAGACCAAGGUGGCACCAUUAAAACCAAAUUCAAUUCCGCGGUUAGAGCUGCAGGCGGCUUUGAUCGGUUCUCGACUUCUUGAUAACAUCUGCAAGUCUCUGACGAUAACAGUGGCCGCCAGAUAUCUUUGGUCAGACUCGACAACUGUGCUCGCGUGGUUGAAGUCCGAAACUCGACGAUACCACCAGUUCGUUGGCUUCCGGGUAGGAGAGAUCCUCAGUACGACUACCGUGAGCGAAUGGCGGAAAGUACAGUCGAAGUUUAACAUCGCCGAUCAAGCGACGAAGUGGAGAGAUGGACCCAGUUUCAAUCCUAACGACUGGUGGUAUACAGGCCCAGCAUUCCUGAUGAAUCCAGAUGAUAAUUGGCAAAAGGAUGAUUCGGAAGAGUUUUCGACGGAAGAAGAUUUGCGAGCUGCUUUCCUGCACCAUCGAGUUUUGUCGACACCAAUUCUUCAGUACUUAAGAUUCUCAAAAUGGAAGAGAUUUCUGCGGUCGACUGGAUUCGUCGUCAGGGCAAUGAAGCGGUUCCUGGGGCUACAUGCGAUAGGCCCACUCUCACAAGAGGAACUACAGCAAGCCGAGACGCUGAUAUGGCAGCAGGUACAACAGGAAGAAUACACGGAUGAACUCGCAAUACUUCGCUACAAUAAAGAUAAUCCGGAUAUGGAGUCAAAAUCGGUUGACAGCACCAGUGCAUUGUACAAGUUGAGCCCGAUGCUUGAUAGUGAUGGAGUUCUACGCAUGAAUAGUCGGAUUGGAGCAGCGCCAAUAGUAACCAACGAAGUAAGAUUUCCGGUUCUGCUCCCGAAAAGUCAUCGAGCAACGGAGUUGCUUGUAGCUGAUUACCACGCACGUUUUCUACACAGUAACCAUGAAACGGUAGUGAACGAGUUAAGGCAGCGGUUCUAUAUUCCCCAGCUUCGCGUGGUCGUUAGGAAGAUUGCCAAGCAGUGCCAAUAUUGUAGGGUACAUAAGGCGGUACCUCAUCCACCAAUCAUGGCACCACUUCCAGAGAUUCGGUUGACUGCUUUCGUUCGUCCAUUCACGCAUACUGGUGUGGACUACUUCGGUCCUGUAUUUGUCAAGCAAGGUCGCAGCCUGGUUAAGCGCUGGAUAGCGCUUUUUACUUGCCUGUCCAUCAGAGCAGUGCACCUCGAAGUUGUUCAUGGUUUGUCUACCCAGUCGUGCGUGAUGGCAAUCAGAAGGUUCGUGGCACGAAGGGGAUCACCAUCAACGUUCUGCUCAGACAAUGGGACCAAUUUUAUUGGAGCAAGCAAUAUACUGCAGGAACAGCUCAAGAUCACCAAUGAACACUGCGCUGCUACCUUCACUAACACGAAUACGAGAUGGUUGUUGAACCCGCCGUUGACGCCCCACAUGGGAGGAUCAUGGGAGCGCAUGGUCAGAUCAGUGAAGGUGGCGAUGACGGCAAUUUCAGAGCAUCCACAUCACCCCAGUGAUGAGGUUUUGGAGACAGUUGCGCUGGAGGCUGAGUCGGUGGUUAAUUCUAGGCCACUAACCUACAUCGCAUUGGAUCAUGCUGAGCAGGAGGCUCUUACGCCGAACCACUUCAUGUUCUACGGUACGCAAGGAGUCAACCAACCCUGCUGA